AUAUAUAUAUAUAUAUACAACUACGUAGGUACGGAGUACCUAGGUAUAGGAAAACUCUAGUAUUAAUUCCGAUCUAUAUUAAGAACAGUACACAGAGUACGACUACAGAUGAUUCGAUGUGUAGAAUGAAAUAUGCGGUCACCCUGCAAACAGUGGCAUGACGAUCCUUGCCGUGGGACUGCAUACCGACCAGCCAUGAUGGAAUAUUUGACAUUCAACAGAGUUCGAGGACGGAGGAGUUACUUGCAGGGGACUUGCAGUUUGCCGGAGAAUACCUCCAAGUUUAUUUAUGUUUAUUAUGCUACAGGCUGUCCGCGUCGUUGCUAUAAGCUCUCGAUCGAUCCAUACGAGUAGCUAGGUACCAAGUUACUUACUACCUAUGUAGUAUAUCACUCCGUAGUUACUCUGUAACUAAGUACGGAGUACUCCGUACCUAUAUUUUUAAGGGUCAAGACUGUACUAUGUAUAGCUGCUAAGGUGAACCUGCAGUCGUGGUUGUACACGUAUGUGUG